AUGCGGCCCGGCUCUCUUGCAUUCUUUCUUGUUGUAUUAGCCGUUUCUGCUGUAGCCAAUAUUGUGUUCAUCACACCUAAUUCUCGAUACUAUGCUGUAGCUAAUAAGACUGCUUCUAUAACAUGGACAUACUCUGGUAACGUCCCAACAAAUAUUAGCCUCUGGCUAGGAUUGAAGCAACGCAACGGAAACACCUCGUUCGAGACUACACAGCCCUCAGCCUUUUCUGUUCCAAUUGCGUCUGAGAAAUAUGACUGGAAGAUACCAUCCAAUUGGGAUGUCAUCAGCGGUAAUUGGGUAGUCAAGGCCUACCCAGCAGUCAUUUUAAACGGGGAUAUACCGUAUCAUGGUUAUGAAGCCUUGGCCGAGAGUGAGACGUUUAGUAUUAAGCCUGUCGGUACUGAACCACCACAGGACAGUGAGUCGUCACUUUCGUCACCACCAUUGUUCACCAUCAUGAGUAGCAUUGCCGUUGUCUUAUUCUUCGGGUUUUAA